UUAUUUGAGGUUAGCUUUAUUUGAUAAGUGAAUAGUGAACCGCCUUGUAGGUACGCCGCACACGUAUCCAAAGAAAUUUUGAGUUCCUCAGUGAAGCAAGUUUUUGCAGAGAGGUUGCAAAAUUCUAUUAAUUUGAAUCAGACAAAUUGAGCAAAAUGGCUGAAGAAGUAAAUCCUAAAGCGUAUCCUCUCGCUGAAGCCCAGCUGACCAUGAAGAUUCUAAAUUUGGUUCAACAAGCUAUGAACUACAAGCAGUUGAGGAAAGGUGCCAAUGAAGUGACAAAAACUUUGAAUAGAGGAAUUGCUGAGUUCGUGGUAAUGGCUGCUGAUGCUCAGCCUUUGGAUAUCUUGUUGCAUAUUCCACUUUUAUGUGAAGAUAAGAAUGUUGCAUAUGUAUUUGUACGCUCCAAGCAAGCUUUAGGAAGAGCUUGUGGUGUUUCAAGGCCUGUAAUAGCAUGCUCUGUCACUAUAAAUGAAGGGUCCCAAUUGAAACCCCAAAUACAAACAAUCCAAAAUGAAAUAGAAAGGUUGCUUGUUUGAAAUAUUUUUUGUAUAUAAUUUUUUAUUAAAUGUACUGAAUAAGUUA